AUGAAAUCUGGUCCUGUAAUUAUUCCAGAAGGAAUUGUUGAAAUAGGAUAUGCUUCCCUAUCCGCGUGCUUAAUAACGAGCAUAACACUACCAACAACUCUGAAAACAAUAUAUGAAUUUGGAUUGCAAGCAAUAUUAAUUACAGAAAUAGAUAUUCCAGACUCAGUAACUUCAAUUAAAUAUUCUGCAAUGCAAGGCUGUACUCAGUUAAAAAGAGUUAAAUUACCAUCAUCAAUUGUUGAACUCGGUGGAGGAGCGUUUAAAAAUACAGGAUUAGCUUCAAUUGAAUUGCCAGAUUCAUUAAAAAUAAUAAAUAGUGAGUGUUUCGUUAAUUGCCCAAAUUUGAAAGUAGUUGUUUUGCCAGAGAAUUUAAAAGAAUUGAAUGGUAAAGUAUUCGAUACAACAACUAGAUUAGAAUUCAAACAAAAUUCCAACUUUUAUGUGAAUGAGUACUAUAUUAUAAUGACAAAAGAUAACCAAACUCUUAUACAGUACAUUGGAGGUAAUGAAGCUAAAGAAAUUCCAAUUUCAUCCGAAGUAAUAGAAAUUAAAUCAUUUGCAUUUCAAAACAAAAAUUUACUCACUAAAAUCAUCUUCGAAACAAAUUCUAGAUUGCAAACAAUCCAAGGCAAUGCAUUUUCUGGUUGUGAGAAUGCACAAUUUAUAGAAUUACCAACAAAAUUAACAACAAUAAGUGAUAAUGCAUUUUUAAACUGUAAGAAUUUAGAAAGUAUUACACUCAGUUCAUGCACAAGUCUUGGAACUCAUGCCUUUGAGAACUGUAUAAAACUCAAAUCUAUUUCUAUGGAAGACAGUUCUUUGACAAGUUUUGGAGAAAGCGCUUUUGCAGGGUGUACAUUACUAACCAAUAUUAAAUUGCCUCGUUCAUUGACUUCUAUUGGCAAUAGUGCCUUUGCAGGAUGCACAUCUCUCACAAAAGUUUUGUAUCACAACAUGAUUGCAUCACUAGGAAAUAAUUGUUUCAAUCGUUGCAAUCAAGAAAUUGUGGAUCUUAGCAGCUGCACAAAUCUCACAUCAAUCAGCGAAUUUUGUUUCAUUGAUAACCCUAACUUAGUUGAAAUCAAACUACCAAGUAGCAUUAAAAUCAUUAACUCAUACAGUUUUAGCAAUACAGGUAUUACAACAUUCACAUGUCCAUUAUCUCUCGAAACUAUAUAUUCAGACUCGUUUCUUUCAUGUGCUUUUCUUUCAUCCAUAAUCAUUCCAACAGGUUGCAAACUUUCAUCAAUUGGUGUUGGUUCAUUCAGAAAUUGUUUCAAUAUUCGAAAUAUAACAUGCAGUAACAGUAACUACAAAGUAGUUACAGGUGCCCUCUUCGACAUAUCGAUGACCACUCUUAUUUUGUUCCCUCCUGCAUCUCCUGUCAAGUAUUUUGCUCUUCCAGGUAGUACAAUGAAUAUCGGUAAAGGUGCAUUUAUGAGUUGCAUCAACCUUAUCACUAUUACUAUUCCAAGUGAUAGUGUCCAACGGAUCUCACAGAACGCAUUUGAGGGAUGUCGCAAUCUCAAACUUAUCAAUAUUCCUAAAUGUGUUCUUUCAGUUGGUAGAGAUGCUUUCAAGGAUUGUGACCAACUUUCAUGUGGUUGUGAGAUAGAGAAUCGAAGUAAGCUUUUCAUCUCUGAAUUAAUCAAACGAUUUAUUAGAAUUGAUAAAUAA